ACAAAUUUAUAAGUACAGUAAGGAUUGCCCACAAUACAGUGACCUGAUUAUUUUAUAUGAUACAGAACUAGAUGCAAACAUUAUUCUCCGUGAUGAAAUUGCCAUAGGUUUUCAAAAGCAUCGACUUCUAAUAAAUAAGAUGUUAAAAGACAACCCAUCUUUAUUACCUCAUAUUAUUAACUUUUUGAUGAAUUCUUACGGAGAACAUAUCGGGUUUGAUUUGAUGGAAGAAAGCUCAGCAAAGGACUCUCAGAAACAAUAUGUUGAAAUUAAAGAUAAGAACAACACUACAUGUUGUCCUUUCGCGAAAAAAUCGAAAACACUGAAAAUGCUAAUGAAGAGGAACAAUAUUACAGGUUUAUCAGAGGACGGAUUUGCUUCAGUGAUCAACGAUAAGUUAUUGGUUUCUACGUCAAAACCUAUCUUCUCGCAUACUAAAUACAUGGAAAAAAUAGUCGAUAACGUCACUGCUGUUAAUAAAUCUGUGAUGUUGAUGAAAAUCGCACAUGGUAAAAAUACUAACGACAAACCUUAAAAUGUAACAGUUUUUGAAAUUUUAUUGUUUCUUAGAUAAUUUUACUUUGUUAUUAGUUUUAGAUUUUCUCACACACUUAAUUUAUUAGAAUAUUUUGUAGAUUUUUUUUUUAGGUAUUAAUUCAUUCCUGCUCAGGUUUACGUGUCAUGAGUCCAUACAUUUAAACUGCAUUGAACAAUAAGGCGUCUUUAAAUUAGCCGCUUUAAAUUAGAAGCGCUGCAAUGGCACCACCAAGGCACCAAUGUGGUGACACGCGCGCGUCACAUUUGCAGUCACAAUUAGUAAACUAAAAAUUACUUAUGCGGUCUAGCGAUGCGCGAUUGUGAAUGAUUUUGAUAUUCGACUCUAUUAGUAAUUACUAAUCCUGUCAUUCGAUUGGCAAAUUAGCAACCUACUAAUUUUUGUAUUCGGAUGAUCCUAAUGGUCAUUCAAUACUAAUCAGUAUUACUAAAACCUAGAAUAUAUAGAGCAUUUCUGCCAGGCCCUCUCUGACUUAUGGUAAAUAUCGUGAAUGUGACGGGGACAGGGAUAUUUUCAUAUGGUCAUAACUAGUGGACUUUCGAGUAGUUCCGCGAUAAUAAUCAUACGACUCGACUCGAACGAUUGUGAUUUGCCCCUUCGAAUGAUUAGUAUUAGUAACAUUCAAUGUCGUGCAUCGCUAAGCGCCAAAGACGCGCAACAGCCGUGCCGCGCCACGGUCGCGCCACUGCAGCGCUUCUACAAGCGGUUAAUUUAACAAUUAAUAAUGAUAAUUGAUUUGCACAUAAAUUUAGUUCUUAGGGUACGUAGGUUUCGAUCAAACA